GAGGUACGUCCACUAAUCAUAUUCGAAAGAGGAGGAGGAGAAGAUGGCCGCCAUUCUGCAGGAGAGGAAGGAGAAGGAGGCCAAGAAGAGGGCGUUGCAGGAGGAGCAGGCGGCCAAGUUGAGGAAGAUUGAGGAAGAGAUGGCCAGGGAGAAAGAGAGGCUGAAAAAGGAAGAAGAAGAGAAGUUGAAGGAGGUGGAUGAAGAAGAGGAAGGACCGCCACUGCAAAGGCAGAGUGGGCGACAGGCACUGGAGGACCAACAGAGGAUGGAGUGGAAACUUGCCAUGAUGAGGGAGAAGAAGAGAAGGGUGGAUGCGGCGAGUGAAGCGGUCAAAGAGUUGGAGGAAGUGCAAAAACUAACGUUACAGUUGGCCCCGCAGGUAGAUCUCCAACGUAAAGUGGAGAUUAUCGCCCAGAGCGUCGAGCGUUUAGCCAGGGUACAAGAACAACAAUAUGAGUUUAGUCGCAGCCAGGAUAUAGCUGUGCGUUCGAUGCGACUGGGAUUUCGGGACUUUGCUCGUGAAUUAGUAGGCGCAGUAGGAGCCGAGGUGAAUCAUCGCCUCGAGAAGACUAAGCGCUUUUGUGUCGGCGCCAUUGAGGGCGUCAAGAUGGCAGCUCCCAGGGAGGAAGAAGCACGUCCGCGUAGGGAGCCGGUCAAAGUCAAAUUCCUUGACUCCUACAGUGGAAAAAGGGAAGAGAACUUUGACAAUUGGGAGGCCAAUGUUAAGACCUACGUGCACUUGCAACAGGUCUCCCCGGAUCAGCGGGUCCUGAUUGCGAUCCAUGCUUUGAGAGAUGAGGUCGCUAGUCUUGCAAGGUCCCUAGUUCGCGCUGCCAACUGUAGUGAUGAUCCCGUUGCGUAUUCCUCGUUUACGUCCCUCACCGAAUUCUUGAAGUUGCUGCGCGAGCGAUUUGCUGAUGUCGCUCGCAGCGUUAAAGCCUCAGAUAGGCUGCAGACGAUCCACGCUCGUAAGUGGAAAAGUGCGAGGGCCCUCAAGAGUACUAUGGAUGAGUUAGUGGCUGUCCCUGACCACGGGGUGACGGACACCCAGUUGGUUGGCCUCUUUUAUCGGGCUAUACCCGAAGCCCUUCGUGGGCAUUUCUUCGCAAAGAGCGAAGACCCUGCCACUACAUACGAUUCUCUUAGUCGUGAGGUGGUGGCCUUUGAGGCCAAGUCUAUGUCAGUUUCCACCUUCUGGCACAAGGACUUAGACAAGGGUAAGCAGUGGAAGGGCCGCACUAUCUCAGGGCAAGUGAAGACUAAGGAUAGUCUUGUCCUGACUUUAGACGAGGGUAGUGUGGAUGAGAUCCCCUACAAUCAGAUUGAGUGGGGGUUAGAGGAGGAGGACAGCGGUGUGGGCCAGGGGAGGACUUACGCUGCUGUCGCGGCUGGAGGGAGGCCGCAAGGAGGAGGACGAGGCCAGGGCCAAGGGGGCCGGGCCUCAGGGAGCCAGUUUCAAGGCGAUCAGGGGGUUGGCGGCAGAGGAGGAAACCGCCAAGCAGGUGGAAGGGGUCAAGGUCCCCCGCAAAACCGUGGCUAUGGUCAUGGCAGUGGUUAUAAUUUCAAAUUUUCAAUUUUGUCAUUUUUACUGGUUAUGGUUAUGGUUGGAAUUACCGUGGGAAUGAUUGCAGUUAGGGUUAUGGUGUAUGUUUAUGGAUUCGGUUUGGGGUUAUGGUUACGAUUAUGGUCGUGAGUCAUGGUCUUGUCAUGGUUAUGGUUAUGGUCAUGG